AUGCAGUUCAAGCUCCUCGCCACCUUCCUUCUGUCCUCGGCGGCCCUGGCCUCUGCCUCCGAGGCAACCAUCACCGGCUCUUCCGAUUCCUUCGAAACGAACCCGGACAGCAGCUCCUUGGCCCUCCCCAAAAUCCCGCACUCUAUUCUCACGGCCCUGGAAACCGCCGUCCCGCCCUCAUGGUUCACCGAUAUGAUGAAACCCCAGUUCCGCUCUUCCGUCGAGAGUGAAGCCCAGGCUGGCACCAUGCCGGCUUGGUACAAUGCACUGCCUAGCAGUGUCAAGGCCUGGGCUUCGUCCGAGGGUGCCAUGCUGAACGGCUUCCUCGGCUCUGAACAGACUUCUGCGGUUGUCGGCGCGACUUCUUCCAAUGCUCCUGCUACUGGCGUUCCUGCGCACAAUACUGCUUCUACCAUGAGCACUACUAUGAGCACCGCGGCGGCGAAUAAAACCGGUGCCUCCGGCACUAAGAAGUCGACUCCUUCGUCUUCGACUUCGACUUCGACUGGUGGCGCUCCGAUUGCUACUGGCGGUGUUGCUGCGAGCAUUGCUGGCGCGGCUGGUAUCCUUGGACUGGCCCUGGCUCUGUAG